CCGUCCCUCCCGUCCGCCCGUCCAUGGCGGGCGAGCCCCCGAAGAAAGGGCCGUUUUCGGCCCUGGUGGGGCACACCAACGGCCUCACCAAGCCCGCCGUCCUGGCCGGCGCCGCCAGCAACGCCGCCAACGCCGCCAACGCCAACGCCUCCGCCUCCAGGAAGCUGGUCAUUAAAAAUUUCAGAGACAGACCCAAAUUGCCUGAUAAUUACACUCAGGAUACAUGGCAGAAGCUCCAUGAAGCAGUGAAAGCCAUACAGAGUAGCACCUCCAUCACAUACAACCUCGAAGAGCUCUACCAGGCCGUGGAAAAUCUCUGUUCUUACAAAGCGUCCCCGGUACUCUACAAGAAGCUGUGGCAGGCUUGUGAAGAUCACGUCAAAGCCCAAAUCGUUCAGUUCAGAGAAGAUAAUCUGGACAGCGUCUUAUUUUUAAAGAAGAUCAACAAAUGCUGGCAAGAUCACUGCCGGCAGAUGGUCAUGAUUAGAAGUAUUUUCCUGUUUUUGGAUCGCACUUACGUACUGCAGAAUUCACUGCUUCCUUCUCUGUGGGACAUGGGAUUAGAACUUUUCAGGACUCACAUCAUCAGCGAUAAACUGGUGCAGAGCAAGACUAUCGAAGGAGUCCUUUCACUCAUCGAGCAAGAGAGAAAUGGUGAAACAGUGGACCGGAGUUUAUUGCGAAGUCUGUUGAGUAUGCUCUCCGAUCUACAAGUCUACAAAGAUUCAUUUGAACACAGGUUUUUGGAAGAGACAAACUGCUUAUACGCCGCCGAAGGCCAAAGGUUAAUGCAAGAAAGAGAGGUCCCAGAGUACCUUGAUCACGUGAGCAAACGCUUAGAAGAGGAAGGCGAUAGAAUAAUCACCUAUUUAGACCAAAGUACACAGAAACCAUUAAUUGCAUGUGUGGAGAAACAACUCUUAGGUGAACACUUAACAGCAAUUCUGCAGAAAGGACUUGACCAUUUGCUCGAUGAAAACAGGGUGUCGGAUAUCACGCAAAUGUACCAGUUGUUCAGUCGGAUGAAAGGCGGGCAGCAGAUCCUACUGCAGCACUGGAGCGAAUACAUCAAGACUUUUGGAACGACAAUAGUAGUGAAUCCUGAAAAGGACAAAGAUAUGGUGCAGGAGCUGCUAGAUUUUAAGGAUAAAGUAGACCACAUCAUAGACGUGUGCUUUCAGAAAAAUGAAAAAUUUAUCAACCUGAUGAAGGAAUCCUUUGAAACGUUUAUCAACAAGAGACCAAAUAAGCCUGCAGAGCUGAUAGCAAAGCAUGUUGAUUCCAAAUUAAGAGCCGGCAAUAAAGAAGCAACCGAUGAAGAACUGGAGAGAAUUCUUGACAAAAUCAUGAUAAUAUUCAGAUUUAUUCAUGGUAAAGAUGUCUUUGAAGCAUUUUAUAAAAAAGACCUGGCGAAACGGCUCCUGGUGGGAAAGAGUGCCUCAGUUGACGCCGAAAAAUCCAUGUUAUCCAAACUUAAACACGAAUGCGGGGCUGCUUUCACCAGCAAAUUGGAAGGAAUGUUCAAAGAUAUGGAACUUUCUAAAGACAUCAUGGUGCAAUUUAAGCAGUAUGUCCAGAAUCAAAGCGAUCCAGGCAGUAUAGAUCUGACAGUAAAUAUACUCACUAUGGGGUAUUGGCCAUCGUACACCCCGGUGGAAGUUCAUUUACCAUCAGAAAUGGUUAAGCUUCAGGAAGUAUUUAAAACUUUUUAUCUCGGAAAGCACAGCGGCCGAAAACUGCAAUGGCAGACCACUCUGGGGCAUGCUGUCCUGAAAGCAGAGUUCAAGGAAGGAAAGAAGGAAUUUCAAGUGUCACUUUUCCAGACCUUAGUGCUCCUCAUGUUUAACGAAGGAGACGAAUUCAGUUUCGAAGAAAUAAAAAUGGCUACCGGUUUAGAGGAUAACGAACUGCGGAGAACCUUACAGUCUUUGGCUUGUGGUAAAGCGCGGGUCCUGAAUAAAAACCCAAAAAGCAAGGAUAUAGAGGACGGAGACAAAUUCACCUUCAAUGGAGAGUUCAAACAUAAGUUGUUUAGAAUUAAGAUCAAUCAAAUCCAGAUGAAAGAAACUGUUGAGGAACAAGUUAGCACCACAGAAAGAGUGUUUCAGGAUAGACAGUACCAGAUUGAUGCUGCUAUUGUUCGAAUAAUGAAGAUGAGGAAAACACUAGGUCAUAAUCUUCUCGUUUCUGAAUUAUAUAAUCAGUUGAAAUUUCCGGUAAAGCCUGGAGACUUGAAAAAGAGAAUCGAAUCCCUCAUAGACAGAGACUAUAUGGAGAGAGAUAAAGACAACCCCAAUCAAUAUCACUAUGUUGCAUAAUGAAGAUGACAAAGACUGGUUUUUUUUUAUAAAACACUAGAAUGUAUCUUCAAGACACUGAACCAUCCCUCCGCCGUUUCCAGACUUACUUUCAGCCAGAUUUCAGGUUGAUGCCUAUGGUUCAGAUCAGCUGCUUGCACUGCUGUGGAUGAGAAGCAAAGGAAAUGUUUUCUUGGGUCAUCCUUCAUAAGGCUUUAGUGAUGUUUAAAUGGCAUAUUUUUAUUUAGUUCUUUUUUUCUUGUUCGGUUUUCAGAGUGUUUCUCCGACUGUUCAGUUUAUUUCAGAGUUGGAAGGGAAAAAUCUACCUUAAAAAAGGUAUUUUUUCUGUAAGGCCUUUCAGGGUGGGUUUGGUUUUUUUUGUUUGCAGUCACGAAUGCACGUUGUGAAAAUAAGACCCCCUCCCACCCCCCCCCCACCCCCAAUACUGCCACCUUUAAACUAUUAAGAUAAAUUAGCUGUCUCUGAAAAAGGAAACCUUAACUAAUGAACACUUAGGUAGAAAGAUCCAUUUGUGUUCAUAUUCAUGGUUUCAGAUUUACCUACUGUAAACACCAGUAUCUUUCUCUCUCUAGUUUAAACAAACUCAUAUGCUUUCAAACUGAUUUUGCAGACUGAUUUUUAAUUUUUUUGCAAGUCAGGUUUCUAAGUGCAAUUUCUCAAGUGCCAACAGGACAGUCUUGUUAAAUAAACUUAGGGAACCAUCCGAUUAUUUAAGUGCAUUGCUCAGUCGUGAAUUUUAUGUUUGGAAUCGUUUGGGAUUUUUUUUCCUUUUUUUUUUUGUGGCCAUUAUAAGAUUGAGUCUAGCAGGGCCCCGCUUUGGCUUUAGAGUGGACGCUUUGUGAUUUUUAUUACCGUAUCUUUAGAAGUGCAGCAGUUAAAGCUUGGGUUUUGCCUUUGCGAUCAGGCCUAGGAGCAGUUACCAUUCAAUAGGUUCCUUCCCCAUAAAAUAAGUGGCUAAAGACAGGAGUUUUGGUACGGGAGUAGCAGAGGUCACUUUGCUUAGAGAGGCUAAAAGGAUUUUGUCGGUAUCUUGUUUUCUGUUGUCUACUUUUGGAGGCCAACUGGAACUAAAGAAUGAAAAUGCCAUAGCCAGGUUAGUUAUGGUAACUCUGAGAAAGAUACUCUGCAUAUUAUAUAGAGUUGGCUAAAAAGCGGGUUUUCCUUAAUAAAAGGCUAGCAAAGGAAUUUUGGUCAAGGCUUAAUGCGGGUAUAAUUAAGCAAUUGGGGGGGGGGGUGCUAAAUUUAUGUAAUUUGAUUUUCUGCAUGAUUAUUUUUAAAAUCCCCCUUUGAAAAACUCCACACUAAAACGCCAUCCGAUAAGUUCCCUUAUUAAAGUCCCGUUUCGGGCCUCCGGUGUCAUCAUUUCCAAUGAAUGACUUGUUUACUUUCUUGAUUCCAUGAAGAAACCAGGUAGAGUUCCAUUGCAUAGACUUAACAAGAAAUGUGUCUGAAGAUUGUUUAUAUUGUAAUUUAAUGUAGACAUAUAUUUUGAAUAAAACUAGUUUGAAUUGCCUAAAAAUUAAAGAAAUAAAAUGUUAUGUUCUGAUA